UUUAGGCUGAUAAUACAAAAUGUAAAUUUACUUUGAAGAAAAUAAAAUGAGAAAAAUAACAAACAAAAACUCGAAAAUUCGAGUGAGUUCAGUUCUAAAUAGAGAUACUAAACAAUUUGGAAAAAAGUAUUUGGUAGACGAAGAGGAUGAUACAUGUUGGAAUUCAGAUCAGGGAUCACCACAGUGGAUAGCAGUUGAGUUUGAUCAAGAAGAGCAUAUUGCAGAAAUCAGAAUUAAAUUUCAGGGAGGCUUUGCUGGAAGAGAAUGUUGGGCAGAAUCAUUGGACACAUCAGAAAAAAUAAUAGAAUUCUAUCCAGAUGAUAUAAACUCAUUACAAAGCUUUAAACUGGACAAACCGCAGCCUGUUAAGAAAAUUAAAGUGAUCUUCAACAAUAGCACAGAUUUCUUUGGUAGAAUAACUAUAUACCAGUUUGAUAUUUUAGGGGAAGGAUAAUAAAAUUGUUGAAUUAUU